UUUUUUUUUUGUGUACAACAAAAAGUAUAGUCUACUUGAUGAGCACAGACUCAACAGACACUAGAAACGCUCUCGAUCCGCUUUCAUCACUUGACAAUAUGGAAUCAAGUGUAUUAAACAAACUAGAUUUAAACACAAUGCAACAAGACAAUCUUGCUUCAAAACGAUACUCUUUAUCCCAAGAGAUCAAAGACAAUUUCUAUGCUAUUCGUCAUAUCAAUGAAGAAAAUGAAAACACGGCACCUACAAAAAAGUCAACAAGAGGCCGAAAACGACUUACAGCAGACGCCAAAACAAAUGAAAAGCCUCAAGAAAAACGCAAAAAGCAACGCAAAACAAGAGCAACACUCUAUCAAACAUGUUCUGGUGUUUGGCCUGAUAGCCAUCAUUCCUUGGGCGAUUUGAGUCAUGAUUACAUCAAAUCGCUUAGUCAACUUGUAAAAGUGCGGCUCAACCAAGCAAAGUUUAAAAUGAUGGCCAAACUAGACCACCAUCAUGAAUUAUUCAGUUUUUUAGCAGAGGAACUGGUUCCUCCUACACUACCUAAGAAACCUCAUGUGAUCCGUCUGUCUGGCAAACAAAACAAGACAGCCAUGAGUGUGGUAGGCAAUGGAAAAAACCUAUUUGCUCGUAACAAAUCACAACAGAAACGAAGACCUUCUGUGACCUAUACAGAAGCGAUCUUUGAACUCCCUUCUACUCCCAUGGAUCCUUAUGGCCUGGCUAUUUCUCCUUCAAGACAGACACCCAAGACAUCCAAAGACCGUAAAAAGAGAACGCACAAAGUACCCAAUACAAAGCCGAAGCGAAUUACUACGCCCAAGAGAAGAUCUGCGGCUGCUGACGUUAUUCCUGUGACUUUAUCUGACGGUACCUCUGUUUAUGUAUGUGAACCAUGUAACAAACGAUACAAGAACCGUAAUGGUUUAGCUUAUCAUAUGGAACGUUGUAAAAAUACACCCAAAAACACAACUGAGAAAGAGGAAAGCAACAACAGUAGUAGUAGUAGUAGUAGUAGUAGUAGUCAAUCAGACAGUCAUCGCAUCCAAUGUAAUUGUGGUCAAAACACAGAUGACACAAUGAACAUGAUUCAAUGUGAAAAAUGUCGCUUAUGGCUUCAUUCUGAAUGCGUAGGUCUCUCUGAAGAAGAAGAAGACGCAUUUUACUGUAGUAAAUGCAAAGAACAAUCUGAAGCCAACCAAGUAGGCAAAGAUUUAUUACAAUGCUUACUUGAAGCACAGGCCAAUGAUCGAUUACUUGAGAAAGAAAAGCCCAAUGAGGAUGAUACAGGCAGUCAGCUCUUACAGGAAUUCCUUAGUCAAACACCUUUAAAUGAAGAUGAUGAACUGUUUAGUGUACAUACAGCUGAAGAGCAGAUCAACUCAUCUCAACUCCAUAUCUGGGAUGAUUUCAAUGUCAAUUCGGGCUUUGACAAGAACAAUGAUCAAUGGAAACUUAUAGACGAAGAAGAUCCAUUCUCUACUAACUAUGACACUGAUUUACCCAGUUCUUCUUGGAAUAUGAGCCUGUUUAGUCAACCACCUUCACUGUUAUUCUCAGAUACCACACUCAAUAGUACAUUAGACGAUAAACCAUUGAUGGAAGAACUCACACCAGACACUGCUCAGUGUGAAUCAACUACACCUAUCCAAGCCACUCCAGAUGGCCUUUGGUUCCAAUUUGCCAACUUUGAUGAUGAUUAUCAACAAUGUGAAUCUUCUUAAAUAAAACAAACAAGCAUUUAUUAACCA